GGUUCUUUGCCUAUUCAAUUGCAACUCUGCCAAACAACGAAACUUUUCAAAUCGAACAAAGCUGCAAAUUGACGACGUGUUUCGCAAUUGGAGCGGGGAUAAUUUCUAGCUUUUCGAGGAGAAAUAAUAUUUAAUUACAAGAAAACAUGGAUCGACGCAAAGCUUUGGCCCUAAGAAAUAGAAGACUGCAGGAUCAGCAGCGGCACGCGGUCGAUGCACAAAAUCAAAAUGGCUUCAGUCAAAAGGAAAAUAGACAAAACUCGAUUAGCUCUCCCAGCAGUACAUUGAAAGAGGGCAACAAUGCGACUGGUAUGACUUUGCCAAAAGGCGAUUGCACCGCCUGCCGGAAGCAGGCAAUUUGUGUUUGCCAAAGGUGUGGCGAUUAUUAUUGCUCACCGGAAUGUCAGCGGAAAGAUUGGCAAAGUCAUCGUUACAUAUGUUUUCCGAUCCCUCCUUUGGUCUUUCCUACAGCGACUCAGUCUCCAACCAUGGAAUAUGGCGGCGAUCAGCCCUUGCUGACUGUUAACCAAAUGCAAUUAGCAAAUGUUUCAUUUGGAAAUCAUACGCAAACACCUAACGAAAUGUUCAAUGGCAACAAUUUUUCGCAACAACAUCAAAUGAAUAGUCAAUAUCAACAACAACAACAUCAACAUCAAAUGAAUAGUCAAUAUCAACAACAACAACAUCAACAUCAAAUGAAUAGUCAAUAUCAACCACAACAACAUCAACAUCAAAUGAAUAGUCAAUAUCAACAACAACAACAUCAACAUCAAAUGAAUAGUCAAUAUCAACAACAACAACAACAAAGACUUAGUCAGAACAUUAAUAAGGCUUCACCGCAAAAUACCAAUAAGGUACAGAAACACAAAGAACCCACUGCUACUUUGCCAAGAGCUGAACUCCCGAAGACAAACAGCCAUGUCAUAUUGACCGGUUUACGUACGCCAAACCGUGGCUACAUACGCGCUCUUACCCCUGCCGAAAAUGAUGAGUACUUAUCGAAUGCACGCAAAAUCGAUAGUUAUGGCAAAAAAGCCCCAGCUAUGAGCAAAAUGCCUAAAACACAUAGUUAUGCCAUUGCGCCGUACGAAGGUGUCAUGUAUCGGGUGGAGGUGCUGAUGGUGCGUAAUCCCGAAAACAUUCGGGUACUUUUCAUUGACCGCGGUAUCGUUGCCUCACGGCGUCUUAGCGAAUUACGUGAAAUCACUGACGAAAUUAUAUUACUAAAGCAACAUUCCUGCCUGAUACCUUUGCGUAACGUGUCUAAUUAUGUGCUUAACGAAAAAUUGGUGAAGAGGUUUUGCACAUAUGAAGACCUCGAAUUUAAAGUAAAAUAUGACCGAGUCGAAGAUGGUGUGGAACUUUUGUAUUGGCAGACAGAGAAGUCACUAAAUGAUGAAAUAGAGCAAUUUUGUAAGGACGCAGGUGCUGAAGUUUGGACGGAUACCACGCGUUCGAAAUCGGAGCAAACCGGGAAGAAAAGUAAACCCGUUGAAAAGAAUACAAAAGUUGCCGAAGCGAAUGCUAAGGAUUCUAAAAUACAAAAUUCAGCUAAUAGGGACGAAAGCGCAGGUGCUGAACACGACGAUCAAUACUAUGCCGUAGGUGGAAGUGCUCAAAACUCCACUGUGAAUUCGCAAGUAAGUGUAAGGCAGCAGCAGCCCAAACCGAUAGAGGAGGCUAAAAAACCGCAGAAUGUUGAGAAAAUUGUAAAGAAUAUCGAAGAAGUGGAGCGUCCUACAAUGACUCCUCCAUUCGAAACUCACUUGUUCCAAGUAGGCUGUGCACCAUUCACAGCCAUUGUGCUCGAUGUAUCUUGGUUGGAAAUCGGUCAUAUUGGCUGUAUAGCUCAAACUGAUUUGGCUUGCCUGCAGACUGUGCAAAAGCAAAUCAGCUCAAUUACUAUAUCGGACAAACCAUACGAGCCGAAACUAGACGAAUAUUGUAUCGCCAAAUUUGAAGAUUUGUGGUACCGUGCUCAAGUAACUGAAAUAAAAGGCUCGGUUUAUACUGUGAUGUAUAUUGAUUUUACCAAUGAAGCAGAUUUGACCAGCGCCGAUAUACGCCAUUACCCAGCAGAUGUAACCGGUGUGUGCAAAACGAACUUCUGUUUGAUUGAUGGCUUGCCGCAAACUUUCAGUAAUGAACUCAUUAAAUUUCUUCAGAAUGAAAUCAAAUUACAAAGCCCAAUCAGAAUUGAUGGCGUAAACAAAAUCGACGAAGAAGUUGUCUUCAUCGAGUGUAAGAGUCUUUUGGAUAAUAUACGUAAAAAUAAUUUACUUACUUAAAUUAAACAAGAAUCAUACGCAUUCGCUAAGUCGAUAUCAGCGUCAUGAUUGAUCAGUAAUUAUAAAUUAACAUUACUCUUUAACACAAACAAGCUAUAAAACUUAAACAGUUACCAUUUAAACCAUCUUCUGUCAGGGUUAUUACAAAUAUCACCCCAAAAACACGAAAAAAAAAAUGUCUGCCAAAGCGUUUUCCAACAGCGCAUUGUGUUUUUGCUUAAAAGAAAUUUACUCUUUUUUCAAAUGAUUUUAAAAAACCUAGAUACAAAAUUCAUAUGGUUACGGAGGGGACAUGUAACGAGGAAACUGACAUGAUUGCCCCUACAUAAUGAUUUAGAAUUGAUAGUUGCUAUACACUUGAAAUUACUCGUGUG